UCCCCCUCUCCCCCCCUCCCCAGCCGAACUUCCCUGUAUCGCCCGCCCUCACGACAUCCUGACCACAUGUCGAAAGUUUCCUCCUCGCGGCUCUGCUGUUUCUGCUGCGGGACCCGCCAGCUGUUCGAUGAUCUUUGACCACGGGUGCCGGGGUCUAAAUGGGGAGGAUCCAGCGCGAACACCGUCUCUCUGGGGCCGUCUCCUCCCUUGUCGCUCUCCUCCUUGGCCUCCUCCACAGGAACUCCAUCCCAUCUACUCCCCCCCCCCCUCCAUCUUGUCGCCCCCUCCUGGUCCUCUCGCCUGGUCCGGCUGUCGUGAAAAGGAGCGAGAAAUCGAGCCUGGAGGAGAUUAAGAAAAUACGAAACAUACGAAAGAGGGAGAGGGAGGGGAGAGGGGAAAGUGCAGGGUUGGGAUGGAGGAUCGCGAUGGGCUCGCUCUCUCUCAUGCGGUAGUGCCCUGUCGCCACCUCAGUGGUGCCGUGUCAGGCCCUUUCUACCAUAGUAGAUGGGUUAUUCUGGGGUUUAGGGCGUCCCGUCUGCUGCUUUAGUCUGGUCAACCUGCCCAUUUCGCUUCCCAUACCACUUACAUCUGACCCAUCCUGGCUGGGGCCCAGUCGAGGGCCAGCUCCGGGGUUAGGUACGAACCUUACUUCUUCAUGCCUCAUCCGAUUCGGUAGGUAAUCAUAUCACCCUUCUGGAUCCUAUCUGAUGUUGUGCCAUUCC